GGCCGGGGCGCGGGCCUUCCCGCAGCUGGCCGCCGCCGAGCCGGACGCCGCCGCCGGGGAUCCGGUUGCCGUGCAGGCGCUGGCGCUGCGUUGCUUCUUGAAGCUCUGCGGCUCCCCUGAAUUCCAGACUUGGUGGCCAGUUGAGAUGCUUUGCACCUGUCCAUUUCAUGUCAGUGCGAACAAAAAGUACGACACAGAUGGCACAUUGCGCUGGACCCGAACAACUGUGUUACUAUUGCUCUCUUUUUUGUCACUUGCAUUCUGAGGAAUUUGGUGUGGCCCAUGGGCAACAGAUAAUGAUAAAGCAUGAAGAAUGCAGUGCAGUUCAUGAUUGGGAGCGGCUGGGCUGGCAAUAUACUAUGUGGCUUCAUUUUGCCCGCAGUAAUUUCAUGAGAAUUUCACAUCAAGUGAUGAAACAGUUCAAUUCAUGUUCUAUUUGGGGGGAAAAUCCGGGUUCUAGAUGAGGACUGCAUCUAGAGCACUUGAAAAAUUCAGUGGUCAUCUCUGGGGAAUGGGAAUCCAUGUUGUUCCAUACUCUUUAGAUGCUGAGAAUAAAGGACUGCUCAUUGAUGGAGUAUGAUCUGAAAUGAUGACUGAUGAGGAAUAAGUACUUUAGUGUCAUCAAGACCAGAGGCUGCUUUUGAUGGUUACUAUUCCUAUGCUCUUUAGAAACAUUUUCAUAAACAGGGUUAUAAUUUGUGGAUGAGCCUUAAAUUGUCAUUUUACUUGGUCGCCAGGCAUAUGACCUUAAUUUCUCCCUCUGCAUAACUUGCGGAGUAGAAACUCCAGCAUUUGUUGAUAUGUUCAGUAAUGCACCGUCACCUGUUUUCAGCUGGUCCUAUACUUUAUCUUCCAAUAUCUUUCAUACCAUUGUAAAUGGAAUUUGUGGCACUCCUAUUAAUGAAUAUAUCUGAAUAUUCAUAUUCUCCUUGAUCUUUCUCUUGGAACUCUGGUAGUUCAGCAUACUAUGUGGCACAUUGCACUGGAGCCCAACAAGUGUGUUGCUAUAAUGCUAUUGCUCUUUUGGUGUCACUUGCAUUUGAGGAAUUUGGUGUGGCCCACGGGCAAAAGAUGAUGAUAAAGCAUGUAGAAUGCAGUGCACUUCAUGAUUGUGAGCGUCUGGCAGUAUACUACGUGGCUCUCUUUUGAACGCAGGAAUUUCACGAGAAUUAUAUGGUAAUUUCAUAUCAAGUGAUGAAAAAGUUCAAUUCAUGUUAGAUUUGAUAAAAGAAAUUCCGUGAUCUGGAAUCUGGAUGGGGUUUUCUGGAUGAGGGCUGCAUCUAGAGCACUUGGAAAAUUCAGUGGUCAUCUGUGGGGAAUGGGAAUCCAUGUUGUUCCUUACUCUUUAGAUGCUGAGAAUAAAGGACUGCUCAUUCAUGGAGUAUAAUCUGAAAUGAUGACUGAUGAGGAAUAAGUACUUAGUUUAGUGUCAUCAAGAACAGAGGUUGCUUUUGAUGGGAACUCUUCCAGUGCUCUUUAGAAACAAUUUUUCUGAACUGGGUUAUAAUUUUUAGAUGAUCCUUAAAUUGUCAUUUUACUUGGGUCACCAGGCAUAUGGCCUUAAUUGCUCCCUUCACAUAACUUGGGGAGUAGAAACCCCAGCAUUUCUUGAUAAGUUCAGUAAUGCACCUUCACCUGUUUCCAGCUGGUCCUAUACUUUCUCUUCUAAUAUCUUUCAUGCAAUCAAAAAUGAGAACUGUGGCACUCUUAUUAAAGAAUAUAUCUGAAUAUUCAUAUUCUCCUUGAUCUUUCUCCUGGAACUCUGGAAGUAGUAUACCUGCUAUCUGCAGUUUGCCCCAAAAGUGGUUGUCCUAGUUCAUUAUUUAAUGCUUUACCGCAUUCAAAAUUGGUCUUUUACUAAUUUCAUUGAGUUAAUAACAAUGCAGAUGCUGCUGAAUCAGAUUAGGGGCAAGGGGGUGGUGUUCACUGGCCACUCCCUUGGUGGUGCCAUCGCCACUCUAGCAGCGCUCCACUACCUCUGCAUCUCGUCGUCAAGCUCGGCAUACGCCACGGCUCCUCCUGUGCUGUGUGUUACAUUCGGAAGCCCACUACUCGGUAACGAGGCCCUUUCCAGGGCCAUCCUGCGUGAGCGGUGGGGUGGCAACUUCUGUCAUGUUGUCUCGCAGCAUGACGUGGUCCCGAGGCUCCUCUUCUGCCCCCUCGAUGCUGUUCCUGUGCGCAUCAUCGUUGGGCUGCAGCUGCAGCAGUGGCCAGGGUGCACUCGCCAUGUGGGCACUGUGACCAAUAGUGUGGAGGAUGCUGAGCAGGAGGCGCUGCAGCAACUGAUACAGGCACAUUCUCGCGUGGUGGCCAUGGAGCAGAAGCUCGCGGCCCCAGAGAUGCGGGGCGGGAGCCCUUACCGUCCAUUCGGGGCCUACGUGCUGUGCUCGCCUGACGGUGCAGCAUGCGUCGACGGCCUGACCGCAGCAGUCCAGAUGCUCUACGCUACAUUUGCUGCCAAGUGCGUGUCAGGCAGCGUGAAGUCCUUGGAGGCCGCGCACUCCUGCUAUGGGGACCUUGUACUGAAAAUGCCACAGCACUUGGUCCUCAAGAGGCGGCCGCGUGCUGUUGACGUGCUGGCAGCUGUGUCCAAUUCCAACUAUGAUGCUGGUAUCUCCCUCGCGCUGGAGGCCUCUGGUAUUGACGGUGAGGCGACAGGGGCCACGACAGUGCGGCACUGGCUGAAGGCGUCAAAGCGGGCUGGCCGCAGCCCAAGCCUGAACUGUGCGGGGCUUGCAACGCGGCUUGGGCGGAUCACACCAUGCCGGGCGCAGAUCGAGUGGUACAAGGCAUCGUUUGAUGGCGACACGGGGUACUACGAUGCGUUCAAGCAGCGGAGGUCGCCCAAGAAGUUCCACAAGGCCAACAUAUACCGCAUCAAGCUGGGCCAGUUCUGGGAUGGUGUGCUCACCAUGCUUGAAACUAGUCAGCUCCCCCACGACUUCCAUCGCCGCGCCAAGUGGGUCAAUGCCGCCCGCUUCUACCAGCUUCUCGUCGAGCCGCUCGACAUUGCUGACUACCACCGCAACAACCUCCACAAGACCAGAGGCAGCUACAUCACUCAUGGCCGCGAGAGAAGGUAUGAGCUGUUUGACAAGUGGUGGAAGGGGAAGGGAACCUUUACUGGCUGCACCAGCGACACCUCGACCACAGCGAGUAGGACAAGGAGCAAGUACGCGGGGCUGACACAGGACCCAUGCUUCUGGGCAAGGGUGGAGGACGCGAGGGAGCAGACGGAAAGCGCUGCUGCCGGUCACGAUGCGGUGGCUCUAGCGACAAAGCUAGAGAGCCUGAGAGAGUUCGAGCACUAUGCUGCUGAGCUGGUGGAGAGCAAGGAGGUGUCCAUCGACGUCCUUGCGCCACAGUCAAGCUACAGCCUGUGGUUGGAGGAGUGGAAGGAGCUCAAGCUCAGCGAUGAAGCCAGGACAUCAUCAUUAUUUCAGUUCUGAAUUUGUUGGCGCAGCCUCAAGAAUUUGUUAUUUGUUGCCACUAGUUUAGGUAACUUAGUAUAGCCAUAUAGGUGAUUGUAAAUAUGCAUAGACUUGCAGGCUGAAGAGGCACUGCAAUAUGUACUUGUUCUUGCUCAGAUGAUCUUGAGUGCUGGUUGAUUCAGUUAACUUGCUGCUGGUUCUUGUUCUUUAUCAAGAAGAUUAGAUUGCCCUGUAUGGUCAGGGUCCUUUGGACUGCAAGAGAAACAUUCUGUCAUGAUCGAUGGGCCCUGAAUAUGUUUUACUUUACUAUACUUAAUAUUUGUUUUGAAA